AUGUCUGUUCCUAACUUCGGAGACAUCGCCAAGUCGGCCAACGACCUCCUCAACAAGGACUUCUACCACCUCUCUGCCACCACCUUCGAGCUCAAGAGCAACACCCCCAACAACGUUGCCUUCAAGGUCACCGGCAAGACCUCCCACGAGAAGACCACCGCUGGAGCUAUCGAGGGCAAAUACUCCGACAAGGCUACCGGUACAGCAACCACCGCCCAUCGUUUAAAACGCUUGCAUUUCAGUCUCGGCCGACUUAACGGAUUGUGUUUCGGCAUUCCGGUCUAUUUCGCCGCAGGCUGGACGCCUGGAAAUGCAUAUUUGCUAACAUUCUACCGUCGUGCAGGCCUCACCCUUACCCAGACAUGGAACACCGCUGCUGCCCUUGACACCAAGGUCGAGCUCGCCGACAGCCUUGCCAAGGGCCUGAAGGCCGAGGGUGUCUUCUCCUUCCUGCCCUCCGCCGGCGAGAAGGCCGCCUCCAAGAAGGGCGCCAAGUUCAACCUUACCUUCAAGCAGAGCAACUUCCACAGCCGCGCUUUCUUCGACCUCCUGAAGGGCCCCACCGCCAACAUCGACGCCGUCGUUGGCCAUGAGGGUUUCCUUGCCGGUGCCUCUGCUGGCUACGACGUCCAGAAGGCCUCCGUCACUGGCUACGCCGCCGCCGUCGGCUACCAGGCCCCCACCUACAGCGCUGCCAUCACCGCCAGCGACAACCUCAGCCUCUUCGCUGCCUCCUACUACCACAAGGUGAACAGCCAGGUUGAGGCUGGUGCCAAGGCCACCUGGAACUCCAAGGCCGGCAACAAUGUCGGUCUUGAGGUCGCCAGCAAGUACCGCAUCGACCCCGUCUCCUUCGCCAAGUUCAAGGUCAACAACAACGGUGUUGCCGCCCUUGGCUACAACGUCCUCCUCCGCGAGGGUGUUACCCUGGGUCUUGGUGCCUCCUUUGAUACCCAGAAGCUCGACCAGGCCACCCACAAGCUUGGCGCCAGCUUCACCUUCGAGGGCUAA